UCGUAUUAGGAGCGUGUAUAUAGUUAGGAAUCCACUGUAAACCGAUUUGCGCUUAAACUCGGGUUUUAUCUACACUAAGUACCGAGGCUUAACUCGGCAUUGUGUUUGACUAAGUGAACAAAUAGAUGGAGUGAUAUAUAUUGACUUUUCAUUGUGCCAACAAUAUCUCUUCUACGGGCGCUUACUACUGUUUAAGCGUUUUCUUUUUUUAUCAUAACAAAGGGACCAAAGUAGAUGUGGCCAAAUACACUAACAGCCGGAUGCAACCCAGAAAGCGAACUAUCAUUUCCGGGUUUUGGAAGCGGUUGCGGCGGAAGCGCUUCCAGUAUGGCCUACUUGAAGUCCGCCCCUUAUCCUGUUCCCGGAUUAGGACUACACGGAUUACCAGUGGAUUCCUUACAUUCGUCCAUGGCUGGCUAUCCAGGAGGUAACCAAAGAAAACAAAGAAGAGAAAGAACAACAUUUACCAGAGCCCAAUUAGAUAUAUUAGAAGCAUUAUUCGGUAAAACUCGUUAUCCAGAUAUAUUUAUGCGAGAAGAAGUGGCCUUGAAAAUUAAUUUACCAGAAUCCAGAGUUCAGGUUUGGUUCAAAAAUAGAAGAGCAAAAUGUCGCCAACAGCAAAAACAACACAACCAGCAGCAGAACACCGAUAAAAGUACGAGAUUAAAAUCAAAAACAGCCACCAACCUCAUAACCAAGUCGUCUCCGACGCCAGUAUCUGUUUCUAGCAAUAAUAACACUAGUACGAGCUCUUCUGGAAGUCCGUCUUCAGCACCACCAGCGCCACACCUUAGAGAUAGUCCGAACUAUGUUAAACCUCAACUUUUACCCACCUGCAGCAGCACCAGCUCUCCUACGAUUGCAAGUUCAACAUACACCAACCCAGCUAAUUCUAGUAUAUGGUCACCGGCGUCUAUAGAUUCGUUUCCAUUGGACCAGCAUAGAUGGUGUACUUCUUCGCAAACUUCUGUUUUGGGUACAACAAAUUCAUCAACGAAUUGUUAUAACAAUUACGCCUAUUAUUCUAAUAUGGAUUAUCUUAGUUCUACGUCUAUGAACCAUUCACAAUUCGCGGAAAAUAGUUUGGAGACAAGUUGGAGUAAAUCAAGAGACGAAUCUUCAUGGUUAUAUAACAGUACUUGGGAUAGAAAAUGAAAUACUCUAAAAGUUUGGAAGCUCGGCGAUUAUUAUUAAAACUUCAGAUCUCAAUUGCGGCGAUACUCAUUUUUUAAUUUAUUUUUAUUUACUUAUACAUAUAAGAAAAAAUUCAUGUGCAAUGCAAAAAAAUUCAUAUCAUAAAACAAAUAAUUUACUUGUAAAUAUGUCUAAAGAUUAUGUAUCAUAUAGUUGUAUAGUUUUUGACCAAUACAAUAAUUUUAUCGAAUUUAAAGGUAUGCUCCAAGGCUCUAUGUAAUAAUACUAGUCAAAUUCUAUGUGCCAAUAAGAGAAAAUCAACGAAAACUUGUUUAAAUUAAUUUAAUUUGUAGAAUAAAUAUUAUUAUGCUACAUUGUCAAAC